UCGGGGAAAGCAGAGCCAAGGAAAAAAAAAAAAACUCUCGAACCCCAACACGUUUCCAUGGCUCUCUUCUCUCUCCAAUCUUCUCCUCCUGCUCUUUGUCCUCCUCCUCCUUCCUCAAACAGGGGAUUUCUUUUCUCCCAAUUGAAGCUUCGAGCUUCCUCUUCUUCCCCUUUGUCUCCUCGCUCCAACAAGCCCCAGGUUGUGGUCACCAGAGAGCUAGGCAAGAAUGCUAAGCUCAUCCAAUCAUUGGCUAAACAUAAAAUUCGGAGCUUGGAAGUCCCUCUUCUUAAACAUACUGAAGGACCCGACUUGAGUAGACUUUCAAAACUAUUGCAUGGUAAAAAUUGUUCUUGA